AUGCAUCUGGCAGGUGCCUGUUACUUCCUGUCUGUGCCCAGACAAAUGGACUUUGGAGCCCAGAGGACACAGAUUCCAGUGCCCAGUGUGAAGAUUCCAAGGGCUGGGACCUUGGCAGUCACAAGUCGGGUGACAUCAGGGGGCCGACGUUUCUCGGAGAUCAACCAUGUGUCAGGCACAAUUCUAGGCUCUGGAGGUGUUGAGUCGCGAGAUUGCUACUGGCAUCAUGUUUUGUCUAGGAUGCGUCUGAACAUCCUACAAUGCACAGGACAGCCCCUCCCAGCAUGGAAUCUUCCAGCCCAGAAUGUCAAUGGUACUGAGCUUGAGAGCCCUGACUCCCGGUAUGCUCAGCCCUCAGAGGCAGCCACGUUCCCGCUUCAGGGAGGGAAGUAUCAGGUUCCCGGCUCCCUGAACACAUCCAGGCAGGAUUCUAAGCUCCAUCAGCAUGCCCCCUUCCCCAACAUACCCACCAAACUGGCCAACUUUGCCUUCAGCCUGUACCAUGGACUGGCCCAUCAGUCCAACAACAACAUCAUCUUCUCCCCAGUGAACAUUGUGGUGGCCUUUGCGAAGCUGCCCAGCAGAACUAUACUAUUCAUCCAUAAGAAUCAGAAGCAAGUGCGUAAGUUUUUGGAGGCUGUCACGAAGCUGUCCCGCUUCUCCAUCAACUUCAGAGACACUGAGGAGGCCACAAAACUGAUCAACCAGUAUAUAGAGAAGGAAACCCAAGGAAAAAUUGUGGAUUUGGUCCAAGAUCUUGAAGACACAACUCUUGUUCUGGUGAAUUACAUUUUCUUUCAUGGCAAAUGGAAGGAUAAAUUCAAGUUUGAGCGCAUGGUGGAAGGAGACUUCCAUGUGAAUGAAAAGACCACCAUCGAGGUGCCCAUGAUCCAGGGCCUGGGCAUGUUUGACCUGCACUGGGACCAGGAGCUCGCCAGCUGACUGCUGAGGAAGCGCGCCGAGGCAGAGUCUGCCAGUUUACGUUUGCCCAAACUGUCCAUUUCUGGAACCUAUGAUCUGAAAACCGUCCUGAGCAAAAUGGGCAUCACCAAAGUCUUCAGCAACGAGGCUGAGCUCUCGGGGAUCACGGAUCAAGCGCCCCUGAAGCUGUCCAAGGCCAUGCAUAAGGUUGUGCUGAGUUUCAAUGAGAAUGUGACAGAAUAUUCUGGAGCCACCCCUUCAGAAGAGAGCAUCUGGUCUAAGCAUCUGUCCAUCCAGUUCAACGAGCCCUUCUUAGUCAUCAGCAAGGAUGAGAACACCAACAUUCCCCUCUUCAUGGGAAAGAUGGUGAACCCCAUGCAAAAAAUGACCAUCCCCUCCCAGGCCAGACCCCCUCCCUAG